UGAUGUGCCUGUUGUCGUCGUCGCAAAACAAAAAAAAAACUGCUGACGAAGAAGAGGAAAGACAGCGCAACAACAACAACGAAGACAGCGAUGAUGGCGACAAUGCUAGUACUGCGGAGGGGCGUUGCUGCUGCUGCUGCUGCUGCUGCACGUGGUGCCAGUGGCAGAGUAGCAGCGCAUGUGGCUGCACGCUCGCUCUCGGCCUCCGUAUUGGGGCAGAGCAUAGUGCCUGCAACCACGCCAACCACUUCCUCUACCACAACCCUGGCAACACAGCAUCGACACCUGACCUCCUCACGUCGGCUGGAGCAUGGCAAGUACGAGUGGCAGGACCCAAAGAGCGAAGACGAAGUAGUGAACAUCACGUUCAUCAAGCGUGACAAGACGGAGGCGACCGUGCGCGGGAAGGUCGGCGAUAACGUGCUCUACCUCGCCCACCGCCAUGGCAUUGAACUGGAAGGUGCAUGUGAGGCGUCGCUGGCGUGCUCCACGUGCCACGUGUAUGUGUCCCACCCAUACUUUGACAAGCUGCCAGAGCCAAAGGAAGAAGAGGAUGACAUGCUUGAUCUGGCCGCGCUGCUGAAGGAAAACUCCCGUCUUGGGUGCCAGAUUAUCCUGACGAAGGAGCUUGAGGGGAUGGUGCUGGAGCUGCCGGAAUACACGCGCAACUUCUACGUCGACGGCCACGUCCCAGAGCCACACUGACCGCUUCAGCACAUCGCGACCACUCAAUCCACGCAGCCGGCUCUUGACCGGCCUUCAUAUUUGUAUAUGUGUGUGUGUGUGUCAUAUGUGCCUUUUGCAAUUCCCCAACCCGAAUACACCACCGGUUGGAC